AUGGUUGCCGAAUCCCACAAACUCGAUAACAAAAAAAAUAUAAGUCAUGUGAUUUUCGAAGAUUUCUUAGUUCGUGGUCCUUUUAAGAAGGAAAGUAACACAAUGAUGUGUAAAGAGUUCUUGCCAAAAAAAGUAAUUUUUGCAGAAAUUUUAGCUGCAGGAUUUCAGUUACAAGAUUCUAUCAUUCAAAAAGGCCUCGAAUUUGAUUGUAAAUGCGGUAUAAGUGGACGUCUCAUGUAUUAUUUGCAUCAACUCCAAGACAAUCUCAAAGCAUUAGACGACCAAUACAAAGUAUAUGAUAAAGUGAGUGCGACAGCCGUCCAGCUCGACACUAAAUUUGCCGUUCAAGAUAAAAUCAAAUAUGUCACUACUCAAGCACAAGACAAAGUAAAUCAAGCGAUCGAAACACCUGCCGGUAAAAUCAUGCUUGAAUAUUAUCUUUCAACCACAAAACAAGUUGCCGAUGUUCAUGCUGAAGCAAGAAGAAUUGCUGAUGAAAAACAAGUCAAACUCAUCCCCUCACACGAAGAAGAAUCCACCAAUGGAUCAUUAUAA